AUGUUUCAUCAGCAUAUGUGAAGUCAACGGUAUUUUAUCGUGCGGUAGCUAGGUCCUCCGAACACUUCAGAGUGAAGAGCAACGGUAAAGUAUCUAGCAAACAUCACACAUUUUGCAAUUGUACUGAAAAGUAUGUCUGCUUUAUACCUUUUGAUAUCGUGGUCCAUGUGUUUGCAUGAACUGCACGCGCCUCCGUAGUAUUUUACUAGAAUUCUGACGCAAUCCUUUCUCGUGUGUCGUCAGAUGUACUAAUGUUACUAUUAGCUAGCUACGUCGUUACUCGCUUUUAAAACAAUACAUGCAUGGUUAUUGUUUUGGUAUUAGAAUGAUCAUCGUCUGUAUUUAUUUGUUUGAAACAAAUAGUUAGAUGGCUACUUCGCUACCUAACCUAACAUCUUCCAACGAACGUUACCAGCAUUGCUCGCUAGGCGGUUGAUGAUGUUUUAGGCGCGGGGAACGAUAGCUAACUAGCAUAUUGCUAAUAUUGUAUUGUAAUGAUCAAUAUCAUAAAAUAUGCCGUGUGAAAAAGCGUCAUUCAUUAUUGUUUAGCCAGUUCGCGCGAGCAAACAAACAGUCUGGAGUCAACUAGCUAACGUUAUCUAACUAACUUGCUAGGAAACUACAUAUCAACGAACUGCAUGCAUGUGUGUAGCAUGUAACUAAGAUAGCUAACUAGCAAACCAUAGACACCUUUCACAAGUUAGUGAAACAGUAGCUCGCUACACAAUAGACAGGUCUUUGGGCUUGGCUUAACUGUUGUCCUGCUGCAGUUUUUUUUUAUUUAUUUAACAUUUAUUUAACUAGGCGAGUCAAUUAAAAACACAUUGUUAUUUACAAUGACGGCCUACACCGGCCAAACCCGGACGAUACUGGGCCAAUUGUGCGCCGCCCUAUGGGACUCCCAAUCACGGCCGGUUGUGAUACAGCCUGGAAUCGAACCAGGGGGAGAUGCAGUGCCUUAGACGGCUGCGCCACUCGGGAGCCCGAGCUGUAACGUUAGCUUUAGCUAAGCGCCUUUUGAUGUGUUGCAUCAGAUUGAGUUACUGGUAGUUUAAGUUAGCUUGAUGGCUGCAUUUUACAGUUGUAGCUAGCCACAUUUAGUUUUCAAUGUGAGGACUGUGUUGAAAGUUGUGGUGUUUGACUUCAGUCUCAUGUCAGUUGUGCAUGGACAGGAUGGUAUCGCUUUCUUCUAUAAACAGGAUGAUAUCACUCUCAGUUUCAAUAGUCCUAGCUAGCUAUUGUUCUUCCCACCUGUUUUAGAAUGGUUUGGCUGGCAAUAGGUUUCCAUUUUCAUUUGCACUCACUGAGUUUGAUGUUCAGGUUGGUCAUCAUGCAGAGGAGGACAAUUUGUUAUUAUAGUUUUUAGAUUUUUGUACCUGCUUACUCAUUCAAGGGGUCGCUUUUUGCAUUUUACAUUUUAUUCAUUUAGCAGACGCUCUGACUUACAAUUAGGUAGUGAGUGCAUACAUUUUUUUCUUCUUUUUUUUCUUCUUUCAUACUUUGGAGGCAUUUAUCUGAUAUCCCUAGUAUUCUAAGCUGAUAGAUGGAAAUAAAAUUGCUUUCGUCAUGGUAAUUACAGGGACUUUUUCUAAAAAAUGUUUGGGGGCCAAUUUUCCCUUAGCCCGGUGUAUUUCCUAGACUGGUCAGUUGUCAUGGGGAAUGUAGAGGUAUUGGACCUUGAGGAAGGAGGGAGGGACCCUGUUGGCUCGGUUCCAUUGGUUUGAGGGGUUGCGCGGUUCACUCACAGCAGUAUGUCCUCCUUUGCCUAGAAAACAGAUUGUUCCAUAACUUCAAACAGCUGGACAGCUAUUGACUCUGACGCAUGAAAUGUAGCCGCCCAUCACGUAGCUCCAAGGGUGAGCUACCCACUGAGAUUAGAAUGCUGAAAGGACACUCUUGAAUUCCCCACACCGACAGAGCUCCGCAUCUGUACCAACCUAUUAAAAAGUAUCCACUCCCCAAUUAACACUACCCACGUUACAUGGUGAUCCAGUUUGUCACGUGAUUCUUCUGGUCAUGAAGUCAGCAGUCAUUAGUCGAACAUGAAAUGCAGGGCAGGACAAAAGUAGUACUUUCGAGGAAUUUUGUAUUCCAGUCAUGUUGAACAGUGCACCCAUUAAUGGGUAUGCUUGUUACAGUGAAAACGUGUUUGUUACAGUGAAAACGUGCUUGAAGAGUAGAGCAAAAUCUGUUUAUUAGUCACAUGCACAUUGGUACAUUGAAAUGCUUACUUGCUUAACUUUCCUCAACAAUGCAGUGCAAUAUUGAUAUCAAUCAAGCUGUGCAAUCUCUCUCUCUACAAAUCGCCCUUUAGAGACUGGUGAGGGCAAGUGACCAGCAGAACAACCUGUCGUACAACCCUUAGUUCCCACCACCUCCUCUCUAUCCCACACGCCAGGACUGAGAGAUACAAGAAAUCCCCCAUACCCUACUUCUUCCACCUUAUUAAUAUUACUCUGUGGGUCUUCACAUCUAAAUUGUUUUGUAAUGUUAGUCCAUAUCUAUGUAUUUAAUUGUCUAUGACUGCCAUGUGGGUAUACAAAGAAAAAGAAUAGUGAACUUUACCAGUGGGCAUUAAUACUAUAACCCCUAAGCGAACCCACUCUUUGCAUUUAAUUGUACACUAUCAUAAGUAAACAAAUCAUUUGGUCUUCUGUGUGUUUCUUCCUUAUGCUAUCUUUCAGCAUUAGCAAGCUUAGGACACCUUGAUAACAAAAACCUAGGCUAAUCAUAAUAACAUCUUAUCGUACUGGCAGAGAAGGGGCUAAAAGUAAACAGACAUGUUAUUGACAGUGAGAGUCAAAACAGUAACAUGCUUUUUGUAGAGUGAGCAACAGUCCCUAAUGAGAUUAACAGGUUGGUUAGUCUUGGGAUAAUCCUUUUAGAUGGUUGCAGCAUGUUGUUGACAAAAUCUCAGUGAGGCACCUAAUAUUCACUAGCUACUGUACUACAGAGGGAAGGCGGGGGGGCUAGUAAAAAGCACCAUAGCAAAAGCCUAGAUGCAAUCCAUAUGGUAUUAGGCCAAUUAGCCUAGGCCUAGUUAUUUGGGUCCGCUGAAGUAGUCUUAUCCAUUGUAUACUAUGGCCUAUUUAUUAUAGAAAAGGGCAGAGGAACACUAAACUAUUUAGGCCUGGAGGCUCCAACGAGCAUGUCUGAUUGAGCUUUCAGACUGUACAUUAGAAGAGUAGAGCGUUAGCUUCUUCACAACCUGGUUUCACACAUCCACUCACGUGUACACACAGGCCAGCCGCCCUCGUGAAGAGCACAAGGAAAAGCUUAGCCUAGUUGGUCUGGGUGAUGCAGGGUGGCCUAUCUCCAAAGCUUACUGUGUGGGCAGAACAAAACAGACUAACCCUCUCAGGCACCGCACAUUAAUCGCAGGCAGGGAGACUCCCAGAGGGAACAUUCCCAGUGCCAGAGAUGCUGCCUGCCUACCUCUAAAAUGGAAACGUUUACAUUUUAGCAGACACUCUUAUCCAGAGCAAUAAGGGAUCAGUGCCUUGCUCAAGGGCACAUCAAGAGAUUUUUCGCCUAGUCAUCUCGGGGAUUCGAACCAGCUACCUUUUGGUUACUGACUAGGUGAAAAACCUGUCAAUGUGCCCUUGAGCAAGGCACUUAACCCUAAUUCCUCAUGUAAGUCGCUCUGGAUAAGAGCGUCUGCUAAAUGAAUAAAAUGUAAAUGUACUGGCCCAAGGCGCCCUAUGUGCAACUCUUUAGGGGAGCAGAGCACACUCAGUAUCUGUUUCAGCAUGUCAGUCUUGCAUAACUAUUCAGUUGUUCUAUCAUAACCCCAGAGAGCGCAGUCAUGCUUUCCGUGUUUUAAAACAGUGGUUUAAGUUACAAGGUGUACAUGCCAAGCCCAUGUAGACUUAAAUGAGGGAAGCCAUUGUGCGUGUCCAAGUAGAGGAGAGGGUAUUGUUGGAUGCAGUUAUUUUCUACUUGGCCCCAUACCAGCACUAUCCUGAUCCAAUCACAGCUGCUAGCCCGAUCAAACCCGCAUUGGCUAUUUUCCCUGUAGACAGUUUGUGACGGUGACUAAUGUGGCAGACAAUGCCUGAUACAUGAAGGUUGUUAUUUUUGAACAAUUGUUUUAAUUUCCCAAUACCUUCAGAGGCCAGGGGCUAUGUUUAUUUUAUACUGACAUUCCUUUUUUGUUCUGUGUUUGCAAAUUGUUUUCUCAACAAUCUUCCGGUGAUUGUGGACUGUGUUCUAUGGAUAACAAUAUGUAGAAUGGGCCUGUACACAUUAUUAUUAUUAUAGGCCUAAGUGUCACAGGCUAAUCUACACCUCCAAGUCUCCAACCUUUUGCAGAGUGUUUGUGGUGUGCUGCUGAAGAGGCAGUGUGUUAGAUAUGUCAAAUAAGCAGUAGCCGUGAUGACCUUAAGUUCUGUGCAACAUGCCUAAUUUCAACAUGGAGCUGUGUGGAUAGCUGUUGCCAGUCAGACAGGGUCAUGUGACCAGAGCCUCAAAUGCUGAUGAGGUGUGUGUGUGUGUGUGUGUGUGUGUGUGUGUGUGUGUGUGUGUGUGCCACCUGCACAGAUAGAUGAUGGCUGGCCUGUUGUGCUGCCUGUCUGGCCUUGAGCUGAAGGGACCUCCAUUUGGUGUAACUGGUGCUAUCAUUACAUUACUGAUGUCAAAGCUAGGAUUUGUUGUCGUUACACAAGAUUGCUGUCAAAAGCUUUGCUUGAAAUCGUGCAACAUCGUUGUGGAACAUGCUAGACGUAAUAUAAAGUUGGAUUGACCAAUUUGAAGACUUGUUAUGACACUUGAGUUGGCAUUGAUCUAGUGUGGGGCCUAUCUACUACAUACAGUUGAUGUCAGAAGUUUACAUACACUGAGGUUGGAGUCAUUAAAACUCGUUUUUCAACCACUCAACAAAUGUCUUGUUAACAAACUAUAGUUUUGGCAAGUCGGUUAGGACAUUUACUUUGUGCAUGACACAAGUAAUUUUUCCAACAAUUGUUUACAGACAGAUUAUUUUACUUAUAAUUCACUGUAUCACAAUUCCAGUGGGUCAGAAGUUUACAUACACUAAGUUGACAGUGCCUUUAAACAGCUUGGAAAAUGGGAAAAUCAAAAGAAAUCAGCCAAGACCUUAUAAAACAUUUCUUACACCGCCACAAGUCUGGUUCAUCCUUGGGAGCAAUUUCCAAACGCCUGAAGGUACCACGUUCAUCUGUACAAACAAUAGUACGCAAGUAUAAACACCAUGGGACCACGCAGCCGUCAUACCGCUCAGGAAGGAGACGCAUUCUGUCUCCUAGAGAUGAACGUACUUUGGUGCGAAAAGUGCAAAUCAAUCCCAGAACAACAGCGAAGGUCCUUGUGAAGAUGCUGGAGGAAACGGUACAAAAGUAUCUACAGUGGGGAGAACAAGUAUUUGAUACACUGCUGAUUUUGCAGGUUUUCCUACUUACAAAGCAUGUAGAGGUCUGUCAUUUUUAUCAUAGGUACACUUCAACUGUGAGAGACGGAAUCUAAAACAAAAAUCCAGAAAAUCACAUUGUAUGAUUUUUAAGUAAUUAAUUUGCAUUUUAUUGCAUGACAUAAGUAUUUGAUACAUCAGAAAAGCAGAACUUAAUAUUUGGUACAGAAACCUUUGUUUGCAAUUACAGAGAUCAUACGUUUCCUGUAGGUCUUGACCAGGUUUGCACACACUGCAGCAGGGAUUUUGUCCCACUCCUCCAUACAGACCUUCUCCAGAUCCUUCAGGUUUCGGGGCUGUUGCUGGGCAAUACAGACUUUCAGCUCCCUCCAAAGAUUUUCUAUUGGGUUCAGGUCUGGAGACUGGCUAGGCCACUCCAGGACCUUGAGAUGCUUCUUACGGAGCCACUCAUUAGUUGCCCUGGCUGUGUGUUUCGGGUCGUUGUCAUGCUGGAAGACCCAGCCACGACCCAUCUUCAAUGCUCUUACUGAGGGAAGGUGGUUGUUGGCCAAGAUCUCGCGAUACAUGGCCCCAUCCAUCCUCCCCUCAAUACGGUGCAGUCGUCCUGUCCCCUUUGCAGAAAAGCUUAUUGGUGUCCUUUAGUAGUGGUUUCUUUGCAGCAAUUUGACCACGAAGGCCUGAUUCACACAGUCCCCUCUGAACAGUUGAUGUUGAGAUGUGUCUGUUACUUGAACUAUGUGAAGCAUUUAUUUGGGCUGCAAUUUCUGAGGCUGGUAACUAAUGAACUUAUCCUCUGCAGCAGAGGUAACUCUGGGUCUUCCAUUCCUGUGGCGGUCCUCAUGAGAGCCAGUUUCAUCAUAGUGCUUGACGGUUUUUGCGACUUCACUUGGAAGAAACUUUUAAAGUUCUUGAAAUGUUCCAUAUUGACUGACCUUCAUGUCUUAAUGAUGGACUGUUGUUUCUCUUUGCUUAUUUGAGCUGUUCUUGCAAUAAUAUUUAUAUUCUAUUGGUUACUAGAGUGUAGGCUACACAACAAUUGCUUCUGAUGACAAAGUUGGUCAGCAUGUCUUUAACUCAGUAGUCCUCCAGGAAGGUUAUAAGUGGAUAGCGACGCACAGAGAUAUUGGUGUUCACUUCCAUGUCUGCUUAUCAAAGCUCAUUCCACGUCAGUUCAUGUUUUUUGUUUAUAAAGCACUAAGGUGAAGGAAUUUAAUUCUAGGAAGUUAAAUAAUAACAGCAUGCUGUUUCUUAGAAGAAUGUGUGGUUUGGUUGUCUGUAGUCUGGAAACCUGCAGGAGGGGAAUUAAAACAUGGACCAAAUCCCCAAAUGGAAGAAUUACUGGAAUUACCAGAUUAGGAGGAACCACUAGUGUGGCAUCAAACAGAAUUGUAAUGUCCCAACUGGACCAAAUAUUGGCCAUUUUUGCAUUUUUGCUUGGGCAAUUUUCUUGAAUGUUCAUUUACAUUUUAGUCAUUUAGCAGACGCUCUUAUCCAGAGUUAGUGAGUGCAUACAUUAUUUAUUUUUUAUGUUGUUCGCUCUCUCAUGCACAUGUGAACUAAUCAGUUAGUGAGUUUGUUAUCCCAGAGACAGUUGAUUUGCAAACAAGGAUUGCACACACAACAAAACAAAACAAAGUAAAAAAUAAAAUACAAAUAAUAGUAAUACACGUCAUCAGCAAGAACUAAUAGCAUAAACAUUGCCUAUAGAUUUUCUCACACAUACUCAUUAAUCUGCUUCCCCGCUGUGUUUGACCUUAGGAUCUCACCUGCUCCAUUUCAACUCGUGACGCAUUUUCACCGCUCUGAUCAGGAACUCCCUCAGCUUCGCAGCCCCGGCUCCAGCUCCCUCCACAGACAACCAUGGUAGAAAAGAUGGCCUCAUUCGGCCGGAUCCUGCUGCGACGCAGGGCACUGGACUGCUCCGAUGAGGGAACCCGCUUCGCCCGCUGCCUCUCCACACUGGACCUGGUGGCCCUGGGGGUGGGCUCCACGUUAGGGGCAGGGGUGUAUGUCCUGGCUGGAGAAGUGGCCAGGGAGAAGGCUGGUCCUGCCAUCGUACUCUGCUUCCUCAUCGCUGCACUCUCCUCCAUGCUGGCCGGACUCUGUUACGCAGAGUUUGGCGCCCGCGUACCCAAGACGGGUUCGGCGUACCUGUACAGCUAUGUGACGGUUGGUGAGAUCUGGGCCUUCAUCACGGGAUGGAACCUCAUCCUCUCCUAUGUCAUCGGUGAGUUGGUAGAUUGGAAAUCGGUGAAGCAUUCGAAGGCUUCGCAUUGAGCUACUAUGUUCAUGGAGCGAGGCUUGUUUCUAGGAUCGCUUAUCCUCUUUAGUUUGGUUGAUGUUUUUCGUCAUGUUAACUUGGUCUCCUUGGUCUUCUGUCCUUAAGGUACAGCCAGUGUGGCCCGAGCCUGGAGUUCUACGUUUGAUAAUCUGGUGGAGCAGAAGAUAUCGGUCUUCUUCAGGUCUUCCAUGGCCAUGGAGGUCCGGGGGGGUGUGCUGGCUGAAUACCCUGACCUGUUUGCACUCAUUCUCGUGCUCUUAUUAACUGGUGAGGACUCCUCCAGCAUUAUCAACCAACAUGUAUAAUGUUGGGGCGCUGGGAGGCAUCACAUAAGUACUACCCUUGUCAUAAAAGCUGUAGCUACAGUAAUGUGACUUGAUUUGUCUCACCUAGCUAGCUUAAAGAUGAAUGCACUGUCGCUCUGGGUAAGAUCGUCUGUGAAAUGACUAAAAUGUAAAUGUAGAUUAGCAUUAAUAAUGCCAUCAUGUUGCUUCUUCUAGGGCUGCUGGCAUUUGGAGUGAGUGAGUCUGCCCUGGUCAAUAAGGUUUUCACUGGGAUCAACCUGGUGGUGUUGGGCUUCAUCAUCAUCUCAGGCUUUGUUAAGGGAGACACAGACAACUGGAACCUCACCCAGGACAACUUUGUUAACACCUACACCAACAUUAACACCGACACCAACGGCACCAACACCUCCAGCAUAUCCCAAGAGUGAGUCCUCCAUUUAAGAUGGCUGCCAGCUGAGAUUUAAUAAUAAUAAUAAUAAUAUGCCAUUUAGCAGACGCUUUUAUCCAAAGCGACUUACAGUCAUGCGUGCAUACAUUUUUGUGUAUGGGUGGUCCCGGGGAUCGAACCCACUACCUUGGCGUUACAAGCGCCGUGCUCUACCAGCUGAGCUACAGAGGACCACAUUUAGCCAUAGAUUUCAUUAUAGAGCAAUGGUAUGGAGUAAAUGAUGUUUGUAUGUGACUAGCUAUGUUUGAAAUAUAACAGUAAAACCAUGUAAUUGGCAUUUGUCCCGCUGCCUCAUCUCUGUCCCUCAGGGUUGUGGAUAAGACGUUUGGCUCAGGUGGUUUUGCUCCUUUUGGCCUCAGCGGCAUCCUGUCUGGUGCUGCUACCUGUUUCUACGCCUUUGUGGGUUUUGACUGCAUCGCCACCACCAGUGAGUUAUUUACUUUGCUCCAGAGCUAAACAAACUCUUGACAAUUUAAUACUUUCUGAGAAGUAGCCAUUAUUUACUAUUUUACACCUAGGGUUACUAUACAUAACUUUAACCCAUUGUAUAAGAGAUUCUCCAAAAUUAAAAUUGUCAAGGCAUUUAUAUAUAAGUUCUAGUUGUACUUUAUCACGUUAUUUGAGCUAUUUACUUUGCACCAGAGCUAAACAUUAGAUAGGUCCACCUCGUUUGUUCUCAAUAGUCACUUACAUUGCAUUAUUCAAAAUGUCACUUUUAAAAUGGUUGCCGAUUUUUAAAUAGUUGCUGACUUGAAGUUCUCUUUGGUGGUUCUCUCUCAUAGUUGUGCCUUGUGUUUUUCCCCCCAGGUGAAGAGGCUAAGAACCCCAUGCGUUCCAUCCCUGUGGGUAUCGUGGCCUCUCUACUCAUCUGUUUCUUCGCCUACUUCGGGGUGUCUGCGGCCCUCACUCUCAUGAUGCCCUACUACCUGCUGAACAGAGAGAGCCCCCUGCCAGAGGCCUUCAGCUACGUGGGCUGGGCUCCUGCUCGCUACAUUGUGUCUGUGGGUUCCCUCUGUGCUCUCUCCACCAGGUCAGUUAGGCUGAUAGACCACACUAUGGCUACUGUUCUAUAGCUCACUUAACGGAUCCAAUACACUCAUCGGUACUUUAAGCACUCUGUCUUUGCUAUGUAGUCAAUGUUUUUGUUGUUUUCCUAGCCUGCUUGGGUCCAUGUUCCCCAUGCCGAGGGUUAUCUAUGCCAUGGCUGAGGAUGGACUCCUGUUCCGUGGCCUGUCACGCAUGAACACUCGCACCAAGACCCCCCUGAUGGCCACCAUCGUCUCUGGCUGUGUGGCAUGUGAGUUCAGCCCUCCACCCUCUCUCUGUUCAUUCAUCUGGUUUGACACUACUACCUCUGGGUUCCACUGUAGUCAUUUCCUGCUGUUCUCUGUGUUCGUGUUUAUGUAUGAAACUAUGAAUGUACAGCAGCAUGAGGGAAGUCCGUAGAAAAAUACGCUCUGAUCUGUGGAAUGCUGUUUUUUGUUCCAUUGUUUUUGAAUGCCGGAAUAACUAGUGUAAAUAACCAACUUGAUGGAGUAGAUUGUCUUUAUAUAGUGAGUAUGAUGGUAAUGCUGAUUGUCACCGCUCCCUGUAGCUCUGAUGGCCUUCCUCUUUGACCUGGCUGCCCUGGUUGACCUCAUGUCCAUAGGGACACUGCUGGCCUACUCACUAGUGGCCAUCUGUGUGCUCAUCCUCAGGUGGGUGAUGACUUAUACCACAUUAUUUUAUAUUUAAAAUAUACUAUAAUGCCUAACCUAGCAUUUGUGGUAUUGAAAUGGUGAUUAUUCUCCUAUACUGUGGUUUGCUCAUGGUAUUUCACAUGGCAUGCUCAGUGUGAAUAGCUCCCAUUUCCCAGGAGUCUGACCCGCUCUGACCUGUCUGUUUCCAGGUACCAGCCCGGCACCCUGAGCUCAUCCAGUCAGACUGAGAAGCUGGUGGAGUUGGUUGGAGGGGAGAAGGUGGCCCGGGGGGACAGUGGCGAUGAGUACGAUCUGGAGGAUCGACCCCUCAGGGAGAAGUUCACCCCCCGCCGCCUCCUCUUCCCCAGCAGUGCCUUACCCACCAAGACCUCCGGGAACAUAGUCUAUGUCACCACGGCCAUUAUCUGUGAGUGACACCUCUUUCUCACCCACACUUACCGUCUUAUGCAGUUGACUAUGGGUUGUUUUCAAAGCAGCUCUUUUUUGAGACAUCUCAUUUUUUUCUCUCUCUCUUUUUAUCCUCUAGCGGUGCUCAUCACUGUGCUGUGUGUGGUGCUGGCGGGGAAGCUGGAUGAGUUGAUCGAGGUUCAGCCUGUGUGGGUCACAGUAUGUGUAGUCCUGUCCUUGCUCUGUACCCUUUGUGUCAUAAUCAUCUGGAGGCAACCAGAGAGCAAGGAAGCCCUCACCUUCAAGGUCAGUUUCUGAGUAUUUAUUUAAUUUAAACAGGUGCAGUGUGUAUUCACUUGAUAUGCAGUAAAAUGGUGCCUAACCUGUCCUGCUUCCCUCUAGGUGCCCCUGCUGCCUUGGCUGCCUCUGUUCAGUGUCUUUGUAAACAUCUACCUCAUGAUGCAGCUGGACCUGGCUACGUGGUGCCGCUUCGCUGUGUGGAUGGCCAUUGGUGAGUUAACAUUACAUUAUACACAAUAGGAAAUGUUUCUAAAGUCACAAUAGAAUCACAUGCCAAGUCUGUUUUAUGAGCAGCAGAAUGUUAACUUAAUAACCAGUCCUCUUACUCCUUCCCUCAGGAUUCACAAUCUACUUCUUUUAUGGGAUCUGGCACAGCAGUGCGGCAGCCAGCAACACCCCCCGGAAAUAUGAGCCUGCCCUCCAGACCAAGAAGAAGCCUAUCUACCUGGGGGGAGACGAGAGUGAGGUGGAGGGGAUGAGCCCCUGAACGGCUAGGGGCUGGAGGAAACCCCACACAUUAUACCUCUGCAGUGAAGGCAGACAAUUCACCUGACUGACACUGCAAUGCGUCUCUCUGGUUUUGUCUUUCAUUUUUGGGAUAUCUCUGUUUUAAGCUUUAUUGGACAGUUGAAGAGUAAUAUUUUUAACACUCGAAACAUUAACAUUACUAGUGAUUUUAUUUAUUAGAAGUUAGUCUCUUCCAAGUUGGUGUUGUUGGCUGUGGCCGUGCCUCUAAUUGUUAGCCCCUGAUCUCCUGCAGCGAUAUGAACUACAGCUGUCCAGGAGUGUUGGUUAGGGCCAUGUGGAAACAGGGUACCAGUGUGUCUGUGGGGUUUACAAUCUUGGUCAGAGCCUCGGUGCACUUGGGUCAACAGCACAGAGUUAGUGGAUCAAGGCCUAAUGCAGGCGUUUUGGGGAUCGCUAGUGUAGACAAACUGUCCUCCGUCACCUGUCACACAGCAACAUAUUUAACAGUAAGGCCUUGUGGCAGAAACUAGUAUUUAUUGUUGGUAUCAGCUUGUUCCGUAAGAUGGAAAUAUCACCACCGAGACAUGGAACUAAAUAUCCUAAAAUGCUAAAAGCAUUUAUGAACAAUCUGUUGCCAGUGAUGUCUGUGUCAUUUAUAAUGAAUUUUAAAAUGUUUUUAAACAUAUGGUAAAAUAGUCAAAGUAAUUCUGUAAGUUAUCCUCUUCAUGGUGGUUAGCCCCUGUGUUACUGAAGCAGUAUAUGCACGAGGUUCAUCCAAAUAAUAAAUGGUGGUGAUGUAGCUAUACCUUGACGGGUGAUGGAACGACAUCCUGGCACCGCUACAAUUAGCUGGCUGUUGCAUCAUCUUCAUUUGAUAUAUUUUGGGAUGGGCUGUCCUGUACUCUUGUACCCCCACCCUUCAUGUAUCGCUGUUUAUCUUUCUGGAGUUUUGCUUUACAAAUCAGAACUACCCUUUUUAUAUGGACAUACUUGAGUUUGAGAUCUCUGCCUCGAAUGCUUGAGCUGUCUCCUACAGAUGUUUAACAAAUACCAAUACCCUGAGGGUCUAUAGUAUACAGUGCUCUGUAUUGAGUCUUAAAGGCAGUGAUUUUAGUCCUGGUCAUGCAAUACCACUGAUGUAACUUUAGUUGUAGCUUCUUGUGAAAAACAUGUUCACAAACAUUUUUAGUUUCCGUUGAAACUUGUUCUUGGCAGAUUGGCUGUUGAGUUUGCAUCAUUUUAUCUAUUCAUUCUAUUCUGUAGAAUUGUUUUUUUUUAUAUAUAUGUAAUGUAGUUUAGUUCUGUUAUGCAUUUCAAAUGACUUUAAUCAAGUAAUGUGCUUUAUAAAUGUGUUUAUUCUAUUCUUACAUGUACAGUUUUUAAAGUACUCUUGAUAACCCCCUUGCUUUAACGAUUUAUUGUAUAUAUCAAAACUUUUGCAUCACCCAAAUGAUUGAGACUUCAACUUGUGAUUCCAUUUGUUAUUAAUUACUAGUUGUGGUGCUGCUUGACCAAAAUACAGUGUGCAUUGGAGACACUAGGUCAAGGACACAAGGAGGUUGACCAGCAAAAUGUGGUCUCUAAAUCUGAAGUAUAUUUGUGCUCAGCUGCAAAGACACAGGAGUUGGUGAGGAUAAUUGAGUUCUAUGGUUUCUUAAAGGAAAAUUCCACCCAAAAAGGGAUGCAUCAUAUGAUGCUAAAUGCGUCAUACUGACUGUAUUUAGAAAAUUAUAUCUUGAAAACUUGAUUGCUGACAUGCAAAAGGUUUUGGGCCUAUAUCAACAAUGGACUAAUGAAACAAAUACCACAAUAGUUUUUGGGUGGAGUUUUCCUUUUAAGUGAGUUGUUGUAGUACAGUAAUAACUAAUGUACAGUAUGUGUAUAGCUGUAUUAUAUUUGUAUAAUGCUGUAUAUUAUACAAAUGGACAUUAAUUCAAAGGAGAUGUUUUAUACUUGUGCUUCUUGGCAUUCAUUUUGAAAUUGUUUCUUGAGGGCUUGAAAGAAUCUCCAAAAGAAACCAGUGCCUGAAAAUACCUCCCGCCUCAAAGAUCCCAGUGGCUGGUAAACCAAAACUCAUACCAAGCCAUAGUACUGAUUGAUCAGUACUACUCUAAAUGCUGUCACAUAAACAUCAAUUAUAUUUUUUGUCUUCGGUUUUAUAUACUGUAAAUAUAUGCAUGUCAUGUAU